AUGAUGCACUCUCAAGCAGAGAUGUCGGUACCGAUAACAGCACUACCUGUAGCAAGAAUUGAGCGUUUGGAAAAGAUACCUUCUGAUGACUGCGAUGAACUUUCCGCUUCCGACCAUCGGAGCCAUGCCAGUGGUAUCCACAAUGGAGUCCUUCGCUCAAGAACUGGCAAGCGUGUUCUGUCUCUUGUCGUACCACUGAUUCUAACUGGUAUUGCAAUGAUGGUGUACAUGCCAGAAGUAAGAAAGGGGGUAGUUCUGAGCAUGCUAAGAGACACGGACAACAUUUCCAGGCACCCACACCAAGCCUCCAUCGAGAGCCACACUGCUGAGCCGAACUUUAGCCAACAAGUGAACCUACAAGGAAUAUAUCCAUUACUAGCUCCAUCAGUAGAGAGACCAUUCAUUUUCUUCCACCAAAGAAAGUGUGGGGGCACUACGCUAAGGACUCAGCUGUAUGCUGCUGCUAAGAACAUAUCUGCUGAGAGCUUUAUUCCCUGCUUCUCUGCGCAUGGGAGAGAGACACUAGAUUGUGAGACCUAUUAUACACCUCAGAUCAGUAAUCCUGCAUUGCUCCCAAAUGGAAAAGUUCCAAUUGUCUAUGGUGGGCACUUCUACUACCCCUCCUUUCAGAGAACCAUUUACCUGUUCCAUAAUGAUCCCCACAAUGUGGCACUGGUUCAACCACCUCCUACAGCAGAUUUUACCUGUUUGACAAUAUUUCGUGAGCCGACAGCUCGAAUACAAUCCUGUUGGAACUUUAGAAUGGUGGAACACAACAAUCUCAGGGAGGAGAAUAAUGUUACUGAGUUUGCUUCAAUUCCAGCAAUCCACAUGAGACAAAAUCUAACCACAGCCAUGUCUAGCUAUGGUGAAGGCUGUCUCAACGAGCCAAUGCGAAUAUUUAGUGAUUAUGGUAACGAUGAAUUCAUUGUCAAUCAUCUGCAUGAACCAAACUUGGCUAAUGUUGCCAACCAUGCCACAGAACAAACUCUGUCAAGGAUUGCUGAGCACUGUGUGGUAGGCAUUUUUGAACGUUGUGCUGACACCAGGGCUGCAAUUGCCAAGUACAUUCCAUUUCUGGAGCCAUAUAUGAAUGAGUGCAGUGGUGGUGGGGAGCACUUGAAUGGUGGCAACGUGUCAAAGGGAAUAUUGGACGAAGAGCAGCUUGGGGUGAUUCGAAAAUUGUCCUGGUACGAGGACCAAAUCUAUCAGGCAGCCAAUCGGUUACUGGAUGUACAAAUCCAAUAA